AUGCACGAGCCUGCUCUAGUAUUUCCAGCGCUGAAACUAAGACUCGUCGCCUGCAUAUUCAAUCCAUAUUUGUUGGUUCCCAAUUUCGUAUUUUUGACAACAGUAUGGGGGUUGGCAGCAUUUCAAGCAAGCCAAGUUUCCAAUGACAGAUCCGGAUGCACCACCAACACGGUCACAACGACUAUUCCGACAGUGGCCUCCACAACUUCCAUUUUCGCAAUGUCCUCGACCCUAGCCUCAUCGGUGACCCCAACAAGGACCCUCAAAUCUUCCCCACAGUUUGAACUGCACAUUGACAACUAUCUCUCAGCGAAAGCUACCGACUCCGCUCAAAUUUUGAACUCCGCGAUCGAAUACUACACUUUGGAAAUGGAUUCGAUCUUGGAAAACUGGAACUCUUCCGUCCAGGCACAAUUAACUGCGUGGCAGCAACAUUAUGAGUCAUUGAAACAAUAUAACGAUACCAUUUUUUCAAAUUUGGGCCACCAAGCUCAAAAUAUCGCGAGGUCAGUUAACUAUCUCACCACCAAUGGAUUUCUUGUCACAACAGGAGAUAUACCAAAUGUUUUGGAUUCACUGAAACUCAACAUGACCGAUAUAAAGAUACUUUUUGAAAACGUAACAUCCAGUCUUACCGGGUUGAAAAGUAUGCAUCAUUACAAUGUUACGAAGCGUGUGAAUUUACCUCAAAUUCUUCCAGAUAGGGUCCUAACUCAAUGGCUAGAAAAUGACAAAUACAUACAGAAGGCCAAGGGACACCUAAUGAACGGGCUAAAGCAAAGUUUUAACCAGGCCCAAGCAAAGGCGCUCAAUAAAAGAAGCGAACCCAAGGAGAGCCAUGAAAAUUAUAGAAGCAAGUGCAUAAGGCUGAGUUGCAUUUUCGUUUCUGUACAUGCUUGUACGAUUCUGUUGUUGAUGUAUCGGGAGUAUUUGGGCUUUCGGAUUGAGAUGUUCCGACUACGACAGACCAUUGAAGCGCAAAUUAAGUGCAUAGAAGACUGCGCAUGCACUGUAAACAUGUACAAAGCCCGGUUGCGAGUUCGUGGUCCUCUUCAGGAUCUUCUGCUAUCAUAUACUCAGUCAACGUCUCACCCGAUCGCCGGUGUUUUUGACGAAUUACUUGAAGAGCAUGUGUUUUCAAAGCGCCCAAGGAAGAAGCGAUUAAUAAAUGCUCAAGUAGUAAGCAAAAUUAUUCACUGGUGGCUGGUUUCAAAUGGGCCGGCUCUCUGGACUUUAUUCAUAAGCUUCUUCAUCGAAGGCCAAGUAGUGCUCAACAUUCUGGCGGACUCAGACAGCUACCCCGACCGGCUGUCCAAGAGGACUUUCGUCACUCACCGUGGAAAUAAUGACCUCAUAAUAGGACAGAUCAACGCACUGUGUAGGGAGUUUGAACAGGAGGUCAAUUCCAGGCUAAAUGCCACAGCCUUCAAUGCCCUUUGGGGCUCGGGUAAUGGUACGGUUCCCACUGCGUAUGCCAAAAUGCGGGACCAACUCCAUUAUACUAAAAUCCCAGUGCAACUUACGUCGCCGCACAUACCCUCUCAGCUUGAUUCAGUUCCUUCGUCGUUCACCAAUCUUUCGUCCAUGUUGGCUUCAAGUUUACUGGCCUCUUUUUCCUGCGUCAUUGAUACUGACGACCAUAGCAUGUAUAAGCGGCAGAUGGCUAACCCAGAACACCCAUACUUAACAAAUUUCAAACUAUUGCACCGUCGUAGUUGCUAUUCUCUCAUCGGUAUCGUUGGUCUCCACCAUUUGGCCGGAAUACUUGUGGCUCUGUCUAGCCCAGACUGA